GGGGGGGGGGGGUGUGGCGGUACCAAUUUUUCACCGCAGAAAGAGUAAUUUAUGUCCUCAUAAGACGCGAGAUCAGCUGUUAAUGUCGCUGUCAACUUGACUUUUAAAAAGUGACGGUAGUGGUGGCCACCUUCAUCUCCUCCAUGCUCUAGGCCGCUACAUUCGACCCAGACGAUCCUCUCUCGGGUUCUCGAGGACCCAUUUCUCCUGUACCAAUAUACAGAGCGCUCGAUUGGCACGAUGCAUAGGGGAUUUCUUCCCUUACUCGUUGUGCUGGCCCAGAUCCCCAGGUCGUGGGCAGGUACGGUGACAUAUGAAUGGAAUGCGACUUGGGUCGCUGGCAGCCCGGAUGGCUUUUCGAGGCCAGUUAUCGGUAUCAACGGCGUCUGGCCUUGCCCGAAGAUCGAGGCCAACGUCGGCGAUACAGUCGUCGUUCGCUUAUUAAACGAGUUGGGGAACCAAACUACAGGCCUUCAUUUCCACGGAAUUAACCAGAUAGGCACGGGUGCCAUGGACGGCUCCGUUGGCGCGAGUCAAUGCCCCCUGGCUCCGAACCAUACCGUUGAAUACCGUUUUUUCGCAGACACGCCGGGUACAUACUGGUGGCACUCACAUAGCAUGGGGCAGUAUCCUGACGGCCUUCGUGGUGCGCUGAUCAUCCAUGACCCCCAAGACCCCUACAAGAACGUGUAUGAGAAAGAUAUCAUCAUCACCCUUUCAGACUGGUUCCGCAAUCAAACACCAUCGCUUAUGUCGGACAUGAUACAGCCCAACAACAUCGGCUUCGCUCCUCCGCUACCCAACAGUACUCUUGUUAACGAGGGGGGGUCCGGCGAACUCUCUGUAGAGCCUGGUAAGACAUACCGCUUACGCCUGAUCAACUGGGCCGCGAUGUUUUCCACCUUCAUCCAAUUUGACUCCUUAAGCAUGGAUGUCAUUACAAUAGACGCCUCAUAUGUGCAGAGGCAGAGUGUACAGCAACUACGCCUCUCUCCUGGCCAGCGAUCCGAUGUCUUGGUAACGAUCCCGGACGACGCUGGCCGGAAUAUCCCGUAUUUGGUUGUCCUGGACAUAAACGUCGACUACACAGAGUCGAACCCCCCGAGGCCGAUUGAAUACCCGUACAAUUUCACGGGGAUGCUGGUAACAGACUCUAGCAAGGACACUAGCGGGACACUGAGCAUACAGUCCCUCGAUCCCUUCGACGACGCCCGCCUCAAGCCGUACGACAACCAGAAUGCCCACAGCCCCGUCGAUAAGCAGUGGGUGCUGGACUUCGACUACUGCCACGAUGCCAACGGUUACCCUCGGGCGUGCUUCAAUAACUCGACCUAUGUCGCGCAGCCGGUCCCAUCCCUGUAUACUGCAACGUCGUUGGGAGAGAACAACACGCAGAUCGAGGCUUACGGACAGGUUGGCAUCUUUCUCGUAGAGUAUGGCGAGGUCCUCGAGAUCAUCCUCAACAACCACGACGACGCCAUCCACCCUUUCCACCUGCACGGACACCAAUUCCAAAUCAUCGACCGUCCGGCGAGCAAGGCCGGUAACUGGGUAGGACAUGUUAAUGCUAAUAACGUACCGCCGAAGAGAGACACGGUGAAUGUCAACCCUAAGUCGUAUGUGGUGCUCCGUAUCAAAGCUGAUAACCCGGGCGUCUACCUAUUCCAUUGCCACGUAGAAUGGCACGUUGAGAUGGGCCUCACCGCCACCCUCCUCGAGGCUCCCGACCGACUCCGCAACUACACGAUCCCCCAAGACCAUCUAGAAGCCUGUGGUGCGUUAGGCAUACCUACUACGGGUAACGCGGCCGGAAACUUGGAUUGGCACAACCGGAAUGGCUUCGCUACGGUACCCCCUAAGACCUACAUUGGGUAAGUUCCGCGAUGUCAGGGUCCCUAAGCGGGUCUAAAAGCUAACCUCUACCGUGCAGUUCUCUAUACAACAGACACGGU